AUGGGUGAUCUUGUAUCCUACUCAGAGAUUUGCGAAAAGCUUACACUGGCUGGUGUUACCCGCUGCAACCAACCAACAUACAACUUCAUAGUCCGUUCCUUCCUUUCUGGUGUAUUCAUUUCUUUCUCUUUCUUGUUUGGUGUUGUUGCCACAAUUGAAUCUGGACAAACAAUUAUGUUCGCCCUUUGCUUCGCCAUUGGUCUCGACUACAUUCUUUUCUUGAAUUGCUAUCUUUUCACAGGCGAUCUUGUUCCAGUUGUUCUUUGCGCUCUCAACAGACGUGCUCCAGCUGGUAAACUCAUUUAUGCUCUUGGUAUGACAUACAUUUUCAAUGCUCUUGGAUGCAUAUUCGGUGCUUUCUUCACAGGUUGGGCAACAGGACUCUCCAGCAACCCAUAUGAUAACUGGGUCGGCCAAAAAGUUGCUCUUUACUGCUACAAGAAGACACAUAUGAACUAUGGAAACAUGUUUGCUAAGGCAAUGAUCUGCAAUGCCCUCGUUUCAAUUGCUACCUUCAUGGCCAACAUGACAACCUCAUAUUGCGGCAAAUGCCUUGCUGUCUUCCUUGCUAUUGGUAACUUCUCCACUCUCGGCCUUGAACACUGCAUGGCUAACUGGUUCUGCCUUUCUAAUGGUCUCAUGCAGAAGGAUGGCAUCAAGAACAUGACAUGGAAGGCUACAAUCUUAAAUCUUAUCAUCGUUUCUAUCGGUAACGCUAUUGGAUCAUGCAUCUUCGUUUCUCUCCCAGCUUUCCUCCAGCAAUAUUCUGAUAAACCAGAGUCGCUUGAUAAUAAUGACAUGCCAAACUUAGAUAAUGAUAAGAAAUCUGAUGAAGAUGUUGCGAGUUUGUAA